AUGAAGAUUCCAUUUAUAAUAGGUAUCAUCAUAAGUUUGAAACUCAUUUAUGCCAUCACUUCUGAUGUUACUCCUUAUAUCAAAGAAUUUGAUGAUACAAAUAUAGCUCCAACUUUGGAAAAGUCACGUUAUUCAUUCAUAUACUUUUAUUCAGAUUCAUGUGGUUACUGUGUUAAAUUCAACCCUGAUUUUGAAAACUUAAGUCUUUUAUAUAAUUCAAAUCAAUCAUCCAAUACGAUUCCUGAUAUCCAAAUUCUUAAAACUAAUGCCAGAGCUAAUAAACGUGUAAGUCAAUUGUUUAGUAUUAAUCGAUAUCCAAGUUUAAGAUUAUUAGAUUUUAAUACUAAAGAAAUCUUCAAUUAUGAUAAAGAUAAACGAGAUUUACCAUCAUUGAUUGAAUUUAUUCAACAAAGAGUUCCUGAUGCUGUUCCUGAUUAUAAUCAUUUCCAAUCAAAUGUAAAUUAUUUAGAUGAUUCAAAUUUCGAUUUAGCAACCACAAAACCAAAUAGCUUAGUGAUCUUCACUUUAUCAUUCUUAUUGGAUUGGAAAGAUUAUCACUAUCCUAAUCAUCCAUAUCAAAGAUUAACUCAUCAUGAAUCAUUCCAGCAUAUUAAUUUCUCUUUGGUUGAUGUUGAUAAUGUUAAUAUUCAAAAUACAAUUGCUAAAUAUCAUAUUAGUAAUUUUCCAAGUUUAAUAUAUUUCAAAGAUAAUCAUCAUUUCAAAAUAUAUAAUUCAUUCUCCCAGAACCAUGUGACAAGAAAUAACUUAUCCGUUAAUGAUAUUGAAACAUUCUUAAACAAUUUAGAUUCAGAUGACGUUCAAUUUGGUACUUGGUAUGAUUCCAUAUCAAGUUUACAAAAAGAUAUUGUAACAAACAUGAAUGCUAAUGCUCCCCAACAAUAUGGUAAAAAGGGGUUCAAUGUCAACCAAAGUCAAAACAUCAUUCAAUUAGAAGAUCUUGACGAUGAAUAUGAUGAUGUCUUAAACCAUAUAGAGUUGUAA